UCGGAGAGCAGCACGCAACCACUGCAGAGCUUCGAGCCUCGCGCUGUGUUUGGCUGCUGGGGGGCUGCGGGAGGGGAGGUCAGGGGCGCCCCGAGUUACCCAGGCGGAGCCGCUGCCCGAGUACGGGCGGGAGUCCAGCAGAGCGCCGUCGCGGAGACACGGCCGGUGCGCGCCCCGGUAGCGGUCACAGCCGCAGGGAUGCUGCGGCAGUCGGGUCUCAGGUCCCCGACCUUGCGCGCGUGGUGCCGGCGCAGCCAGCUCCGCGUCGGAGGCGUCCCGGGCGCCGCAACGUUUGCAGAGAGACCGUGGCGUGAGGAGACGGGCUGUUGCCCAGGCGUCCGCGCGCAAGGGAGGAGCGGGGCGUGCGGGAUUCCUGGGCCUGUGUUUCACGCGUGGUGUGUGCCUCCGGCGCAGGCCCAGCGCCUCUCAGCAGUUGUGCAUCCGAGUCCGGUCCUAGAAAAGCGAUCGUGGUGGAUGUCCACUUUGGCUUAAGCAAAGACGGCACUUGAAACUAACAAAAGCCCCCUCCCUGGAGCUGACUCAAGAGCAGAUGGCGGGGGACACAGCCAAACCCUUUGAGUUGGACCAGGAGAAAUACGAUGCGGAAGACAGUGUGAAGAUCAUCUGCCUGGGGGACAGCGCUGUGGGCAAGUCCAAACUCAUGGAGAGGUUUCUCCUGGACGGAUUUCGGCCCCAGCAGCUGUCCACCUACGCCCUGACCCUGUACAAGCACACGGCCACAGUGGACGGCAGGACGGUGCUUGUGGACUUUUGGGACACAGCAGGCCAGGAGCGGUUCCAGAGCAUGCACGCCUCCUACUACCACAAGGCCCACGCCUGCAUCAUGGUGUUUGACGUGCAGAGGAAGGUCACCUACAGGAACCUGGGUACCUGGUACGCGGAGCUUCGGGAGUUCAGGCCGGAGAUCCCUUGUGUCCUGGUGGCCAAUAAAAUCGACGGUGGGGCCCUCCCUGCCUCUGGUGCCCGAGCGGACAUAAAGAUGACCCAGAAGAGCUUCAGCUUUGCCAAGAAGUUCUCCCUGCCCCUGUACUUUGUCUCAGCUGCGGACGGCACCAACGUCGUCAAGCUCUUCAACGAUGCGAUUCGAUUGGCCGUGUCUUACAAGCAGAAUUCCCGGGACUUCAUGGAUGAGGUUUUGCAGGAGCUCGAGGUGUCACUGCAGGUGCACAGGUGCAGGGCCAGGCCUCACCAGCAGCCUUGUCCACAGAACUUUGAUUUGGAGCCGGAGGACGAGGAAGAUCGGCCCGACCAAGAGCAAGAGCAGCGUGGCCACCCCGAGAGCCCGGCCCCCUCCUGAGUCCCAGAAGAAGGCUCCUCCCACCCUCCGGCAGCCCUCCAGCCUGCCCAGCCACCAACCCUUCCACCAGGAGCCCCUCCUGCACUUCAGGCCGGGAGGGGCCGGCCCCAGCAAGCACCCUUGACACGGGGAGGAGGUCCGCCCCAGGCCCCGAGGCAGACUGAGGAGCCGCUCCCUCUCCCCAGGGUCGAUCUCGAGAGGCUCCAGGAGCAUGCUUGGUGUGUGUCUGAGAUGAAGGACACUUUGGCCACUGUUUUGUCUCCCAGAACUGACCUCAGCCUGUUCGUUGCAUGUCCACCGAAGGCGUGACUUCUAACCCUGGCCGCCCGUUCCCAUCCCUGCAGAAAGUGGGGGCUCCAUCCUUUUCUACUUCCAGUUUCCAAGCCAACCUUUUUAAACACUGGGUUUGAGCAGAGAGCUGUUCAUGCCACAGGUGUUUCAGGAGCCCUUCUAGGUACGACCAGAACAUCAGUGCCGGGCCAAGGUCACAGGCACAGGCGUGCCAUCAAGAUCCAGUGAGCAGGUGACAGGUAUGCCGUACCUGGUGCACAGACAUCAUUGCUGGUAAACAUGGAGGGUCAGAACAGGCUCAUGAGGCAUGCCGUGCCAUUUUGGAUGAGAGACCCUGCAAGGAGAGUGUCACUGAAAAUCCCAACCUCAGUGCUAGGCACUGCCUCGGAGCCUGAGUGCCACUGUGGGUGCAGUGCCGGGACAGGCCCCACUGCCCCGUCCCCAUCUCCACAAAGCCUGCGGCUCACCUGUGGGUUUUACCGACCAUUCUGUAUGUCAUCUCCAUUGUGUGUGUUUAUUUCCUGUGUUCUCACUCACAGUAAAGGUUGAAGCACAU